AUGCCACCCAUGGGGCAGCCCUCCCCAGCGCCGUCGCAGGAGACCGCCAGCACGUUCGUGGCAGCAUGGUCCUGGGAGCUGGCAUGUCCAUCACUGCUGCAGGGGCAGCUUCCUGCGUGGGGCGAAGCUUGCGACCCACGACGCCUUUCCCGCCGGGGUGUUAAUUCCUGCCUGUGCCUCUCCGAGCUGGAAGAGUUUGCUCACUUUGACUUCGGGGUCUGGCGGAAGCGUUACAUGCAGUGGAUCGGCCAAAUGAAGUCCCGGGUCCUGGACGUUUUCCGAGGCAUCGACAGGGACCAGGAUGGGCGCAUCAGCCAGCGGGAGUUCAUCGAGAGCGUCCUCGCCUCCAAGUUCCCCACCAACGUCCUGGAGAUGAAGGCCGUGGCCAGCAUCUUUGACUUGAAUGGCGAUGGCUUCAUCGACUACUAUGAGUUCGUCAGUGCCCUGCACCCCAACCGGGACCCGCUGCGCAGGACCGCUGACGCAGACCAGAUCCAGGACGAGGGCAGUGAGGAGGAAAGACAGCUGUAA